AUGAAUUAGUUAUUACAAUUAUAGUAUAUUUCUUUGUGCUCAAGAGUGUUGUAAGAAUUAGAGAAUCAUACAGGGAUUAAGGAUAAGGUGUUGGCUGAAUAUAUUAUUGAUUUAGGUAGAUAAAGUAAGGAUGAAAAGGAAUUUAAAUAAAAAUUGGAUGCAGCAAAAGCUGAUUUUACAGAUCAAUUUACAAAUUCUCUAUUCAAUAUCAUAAAGAAAAUGUCUCCUUAAGAAAAAAAGUAAGUAGAACAGCCACCAUAAAUAGAGUAGGUAGUUAAAGAAUAGAAAUUCCCAGGAUUAGCAUUACCAAAUCGUGAAAUAGUUUAAUUAGAGGAUAUGGAAGAGUAAUCAAGAUCAAGGUCAUUAUCAAAAAAUAAGAAGAAGAAGAAGGAUAAGAAAAAGAAAAAGGACAAAAAUAAGGAUAAAGAAAAGGAUAAAGAAAAAGAAAAGGAAAAAAAAGAUAAGAAAGAGCCAUCUGCAUCUCCAUAAAGAACUCAUAGAGAUAUAGAAAAAGGACAUAUAUAUGAGGGUGUUGUAACAAAAGUGCAAGAUUUUGGAGUUUUUGUAUAGAUAGCUGGUUUUAAAGGUAGAAAAGAAGGUUUAGUUCAUAUUUCCAAUAUAAGAGAGAAAAGAGUUACUAAUCCUUUUGAUAUAUUGAAAAGGAAUUAGAAAGUUUUUGUGAAGGUGAUUAGUAUAGUGAAUGAAAAGAUUGCAUUAUCAAUGAGAGAUGUGGAUUAAAAUACUGGUUAGGAGAUAGAAAAGAAAGCUAAGGCAAUGAAUGAAUAUGAUCAAGUGAUAAAAUAAUAGGAGUAGAGUAAGGAUAAUAAUAGAUAUGGAGCAAUAACAGGUGUAAAAUUAGAUGUGGCAUAAGAUGCUUGUAAAAAGAAAGCAAAAAGAAUAGCAUCUCCAGAUUUAUGGGAAAAGACUAGAUUAGAAUAUAAUUCAAAAUUGGUUCGUUAGAUAGACAAUAAAGCUAUUGUAGAAGAUUCAGAAUCAGAAGGUUUUGUGUCAGAUUCAGAAGAUUUAGAAAUAGAUAUGAAUGAUUAUGAACCUCCAUUUUUAAAAGGAUAAACAACUAAAGCAGGAAUAAAUUUAUCACCAAUAAGAGUUGUGAAAAAUCCAGAAGGGACUUUGUAAAGAGAAGCCUUACAUGCUUAAUAAUUGGCAAGAGAAAGAAGAGAAAUGAGAGAAUAAUAAUAAAGAGCAAUAAAUGAAUAAAAUAGAGAUAAAUAUAGAGAGGAUCCUUUAGCUUAGAUUUCUGGGAAUAUGAAUUAAAUGUAAGUAGAAAUUCCUGAAUGGAAAAAAGAAGCAAUGUUCAAAUCAAGUGUAAGGAAUAGAACUCAUAUGAGUAUUAAAGAAUGGAGAGAAUCUUUACCAAUUUAUAAUUUUAAAAAUGAAUUAUUGUCUGCUAUAAAAGAGAAUCGAAUUUUAAUAGUAAUAGGAGAGACAGGUAGUGGAAAAACAACUUAGAUUACAUAAUAUUUAAUGGAGGCUGGAUAUGGUAGAAAUGGAAUGAAAAUAGGUUGCACUUAACCUAGAAGAGUUGCAGCAAUGUCUGUUGCAAAAAGAGUGGCUGAAGAAAUGGGAGUACAACUUGGAGAUGAAGUUGGUUAUGCUAUAAGAUUUGAAGAUUGUACAGGUCCUAAUACAAUAAUUAAAUAUAUGACAGAUGGAAUGUUAUUAAGAGAAGCAUUAAUAGAUAAAGAUAUGAGUCAAUAUAGUGUUAUAAUGUUAGAUGAAGCACAUGAAAGAACUAUUAAUACUGAUGUGUUAUUUGGAUUAUUAAAAUAAGUAGUUGCUAAAAGAAAUGAUUUUACAUUAAUUGUAACAUCUGCCACUUUAGAUGCUGAAAAGUUUUCAUCUUAUUUUUUUAAUUGUAAGAUAUUUAGAAUUCCAGGACGUAAUUUUCCUGUUGAAGUAUUUUUCACAAAUGAACCUGAAGAAGACUAUUUAGAAGCUGCAUAAUUAUGUGUAAUUUAGAUUCAUUUAGAAGAACCAGCUGGUGAUAUCCUAUUGUUUUUAACAGGAUAAGAAGAAAUAGAUACAGCAUGUUAAGUACUUCAUGAAAGAAUGAAAAAAUUAGGUCCUGAUGCUCCUGAAUUAAUUAUUUUACCUGUUUAUUCUGCUUUACCUACAGAAUUACAAUAAAAGAUUUUUGAUCCUGCACCUACAGGAGCCAGAAAAAUUGUUAUAGCUACAAAUAUUGCUGAAGCAUCUAUUACUAUUGAUGGAAUUUAUUAUGUUGUUGAUCCAGGAUUCUCUAAAAUCAAAGUAUAUAAUCCAAAAUUGGGUAUGGAUUCCUUAAUUAUUGCUCCAAUCAGUUAAGCAUCUGCUUAAUAAAGAGCUGGUAGAGCAGGAAGAACUGGACCAGGAAAAUGUUAUAGAUUGUAUACUGAAUAAGCAUUUAAUACAGAAAUGUUACCUACUUCAGUACCUGAAAUAUAAAGAACUAAUUUGGCAAAUACUAUUUUAUUAUUAAAAGCAAUGGGAAUACAUGAUCUAUUGAAUUUUGACUUUAUGGAUCCUCCACCUGUAUAAACUAUGAUUGCAGCAAUGGAAUAAUUAUAUGCAUUAGGAGCUUUAGAUGAUGAAGGAUUGUUAACAAAGGUAGGUAGGAAGAUGGCAGAAUUUCCUUUGGAACCACCAUAAGCUAAAAUGUUAUUGACUGCAGUUGAUUUGGGAUGUGUAGAUGAAAUCAUUACAAUUAUUGCAAUGUUAUCAGAACCUAAUAUCUUCUAUAGACCUAAAGAUAGAUAAUAAUUAGCAGAUUAGAAAAAGGCCAGAUUUCAUAGACCAGAAGGUGAUCAUUUGACAUUGUUAACAGUUUAUGAACAUUGGAAGAAAAACAAUUUUAGUAAUGUUUGGUGUCAUGAGAAUUAUAUAUAAGCCAGAUCUAUGAGGAGAGCUUAAGAUGUUAGAAAAUAAUUAUUAUAAAUUAUGGAAAGAUACAAAUUCUAAAUUACUUCUUGUGGUAAAGACUUUUGGAAAAUUAGGAAAGCUAUAACUGCUGGUUAUUUCUUUCAUGUUGCUAAAAAAGUAUUAUAAAUUAUUAAUAUUAGGAUUAAGCUGAAGGUUAUAAAACUUUAUCUGAUAAUCAAUAAGUCUAUAUCCAUCCUAGUAGUGCAUUAUUUAACAAAGGACCUUUAUGGUGUGUUUAUCAUGAAUUAGUAAUGACAUCAAAAGAAUACAUGAGGGAAGUAUGUGAAAUAGGUAUAUAAUAAUAAUAUUCUUUUAGAACCUAGAUGGCUUAUUGAGGUUGCUGAAAAUUACUUUAAGGCUCACAAUCAAAUGGGAUAACUCUCAAAAACCAAGAAAUCAGAGAAACUCGAUCCAUUAAGUUGCAAAUUUGGAGAUGCUAAUGCAUGGAGACUAAGUAAGCGUAAAGGUUGAUAUUAAAUAUUAUAUUUAAUAUUAUUUAUAUAUUUCAUGCUUGAUUUUCCAUGUAUUAUUUCUGAAAUAAAUAGAACAAAGUGAUUAUCCUCUAUUUUAAUUUAAUGCUAGAAGAGUAAGUCAUUUGGUUUUGUAAUAAUGUACUACUGCUAAAUCUUAAAAAGUCUAAAUGAUUAAUUUACAAAGGAAACCAAUAAAAAACAAUUCAUUAAUACAUUGUUUUCGUUUAUUAAAGGGAUAAACAGAUGACUAUAAUUUAAAUUUAAUCCAAACUGAAAAGAAAAUAAGAAGUAAGAAAAUUAUAAAUUUAAAACCAUUGAAGAAUGUAAUUGAAAAAAUAGCUUUAAUAAGAUAAUNUAUUUUAUUAUUAAAAGCAAUGGGAAUACAUGAUCUAUUGAAUUUUGACUUUAUGGAUCCUCCACCUGUAUAAACUAUGAUUGCAGCAAUGGAAUAAUUAUAUGCAUUAGGAGCUUUAGAUGAUGAAGGAUUGUUAACAAAGGUAGGUAGGAAGAUGGCAGAAUUUCCUUUGGAACCACCAUAAGCUAAAAUGUUAUUGACUGCAGUUGAUUUGGGAUGUGUAGAUGAAAUCAUUACAAUUAUUGCAAUGUUAUCAGAACCUAAUAUCUUCUAUAGACCUAAAGAUAGAUAAUAAUUAGCAGAUUAGAAAAAGGCCAGAUUUCAUAGACCAGAAGGUGAUCAUUUGACAUUGUUAACAGUUUAUGAACAUUGGAAGAAAAACAAUUUUAGUAAUGUUUGGUGUCAUGAGAAUUAUAUAUAAGCCAGAUCUAUGAGGAGAGCUUAAGAUGUUAGAAAAUAAUUAUUAUAAAUUAUGGAAAGAUACAAAUUCUAAAUUACUUCUUGUGGUAAAGACUUUUGGAAAAUUAGGAAAGCUAUAACUGCUGGUUAUUUCUUUCAUGUUGCUAAAAAAGUAUUAUAAAUUAUUAAUAUUAGGAUUAAGCUGAAGGUUAUAAAACUUUAUCUGAUAAUCAAUAAGUCUAUAUCCAUCCUAGUAGUGCAUUAUUUAACAAAGGACCUUUAUGGUGUGUUUAUCAUGAAUUAGUAAUGACAUCAAAAGAAUACAUGAGGGAAGUAUGUGAAAUAGGUAUAUAAUAAUAAUAUUCUUUUAGAACCUAGAUGGCUUAUUGAGGUUGCUGAAAAUUACUUUAAGGCUCACAAUCAAAUGGGAUAACUCUCAAAAACCAAGAAAUCAGAGAAACUCGAUCCAUUAAGUUGCAAAUUUGGAGAUGCUAAUGCAUGGAGACUAAGUAAGCGUAAAGGUUGAUAUUAAAUAUUAUAUUUAAUAUUAUUUAUAUAUUUCAUGCUUGAUUUUCCAUGUAUUAUUUCUGAAAUAAAUAGAACAAAGUGAUUAUCCUCUAUUUUAAUUUAAUGCUAGAAGAGUAAGUCAUUUGGUUUUGUAAUAAUGUACUACUGCUAAAUCUUAAAAAGUCUAAAUGAUUAAUUUACAAAGGAAACCAAUAAAAAACAAUUCAUUAAUACAUUGUUUUCGUUUAUUAAAGGGAUAAACAGAUGACUAUAAUUUAAAUUUAAUCCAAACUGAAAAGAAAAUAAGAAGUAAGAAAAUUAUAAAUUUAAAACCAUUGAAGAAUGUAAUUGAAAAAAUAGCUUUAAUAAGAUAAUAAUAAUAGCCAAGAAGAAAAUCUGCAUAUGGAGAUGCAUUUGGUGAAAUGACAGCAAAAUAAUUUUCUAAUUUACCAACUCAAAUUUAAUAACAUCAUUAAAUUGAUGGUUAAAGAUUUGCUUUAACAAGUUUUGCUGAUAUUUUAGAAAGAAAGAAAUAAAAAAAAACUACAAGAAAACCUAGUUUACUUAGAAAAUUAACUAAAUAAGACACCAUUGUUGGUAAUUAUUAUUUUAAUUAAUUUAAGAAUAUGAUAAUAUGGAAAGACCACCUUCAUGUAAAACACCCCCUAGAUAAACUACUAAUAGAUUAACUCAUAAAUCUUAAAUGGAAAUUUAAAAAGAAAAAUAUUUCAAAGUUUAAGAUUGUAAAAUGAUUUAAUUUUUAGCUGGAAAAUCUGAAUAAUUAAAAAUGUUAAUGAAUGGCAAUAAAGCUAUUACUCUUAAUCUCUAAUUAACAACUCCAUAAUCUUCUUAAAUUAUUAUUAAUCAUAGAAAUUCAGCCUUAUUUCCAACACUUCCAAUCAAUAAAAUUAGUAGAUGUAUAACUAACCCUUAUGAAAAUAAAUUUGGUCUUUAAUUAAGUAGUCGAUCAUUAAAUAAUUAAAAUACUCCAUAUCUUAAAUAAAAUCAAAUGCUCACAAAAUUAAUAUAAAUAGAACUUAAAAAUUAAUCUCAUCCUUUAUAGAGAUUAAGUUAUCAUUUAUGA